AUCUUCGGUUGAACGAGAUUGAAACCCUAGAAAUGGAAACAAGAGAGAGAUUUUGAAAAAGGAGAGUGAGAGAGAGGGCGGAGAUGGUGUUUUUGGAAGAGAGGGGGGUCCAUUUUAUAAAGGAAAAGAGGUUUUAACGGCUGAGAUUUGGUGAUUUUAAAACGGAAAAUUAGUUAACGACGGUUAAGAUGUUGCCACGUAAAUCGAGGUGGUAACGGGUGGAAAUUCAAAAUUAAAUGGCUCGUAAAAAAAGAAAAACUUUUUGAAUUUCGUAAUCUGUUUGUGUGGGACAGCUGGAUCCUACCCAAGGGAGCAGUUACUCGCACGUGCUUUCUUAGAGAGAGAAAAGCUGUUUCUACUUACCAACAUUCCAGUCGCACGUGAGGUUUCUAUUGGGCUAAUUUUGAAACUGGGCUUUACUCUUACCCUCGUAGAAAACCCCAUCCGUUUUAUAACAAAAACGUCGUGAUGUUCUAUGGUAAAAUCCUCAGACGGCACGGAUGCUCACGUAAGACGAAACGUGAAAUGAAAUGGGCCAGGCCCACCUUGCCGUAUAAAAAGAUCUGGUCUAAGGGUCGGUUGUGACCGGUUUAAGUUUGGUUUAGACUCAAUUCAAUUUCUUUCGUAGAUAUUUUAAACGAUAUUAAAAUUCCCAAAGCGAAAGCAAAUCUGGUUCGUUGUCCUACGAAGUUCGAAAAAGCUAGAGGAGGAGGAAGAAGAUGGCGCAUAGAAUACUCAGAGAUCACGACGCUGAUGGGUGGGAACGCGCUGACUUCCCCAUCAUCUGCGAGUCUUGUCUAGGCGACAAUCCUUAUGUCCGAAUGACAAAAUCUGAUUACGACAAAGAGUGCAAGAUCUGCACCCGACCGUUCACCGUAUUCAGGUGGCGCCCCGGCCGCGACGCAAGGUACAAGAAAACCGAAGUUUGUCAGACAUGCUGCAAGCUCAAGAACGUGUGCCAAGUCUGUCUCCUGGAUCUUGAGUAUGGUCUUCCCGUUCAGGCCAGAGACACGGCUCUCAACAUUAGUACUCAUGAUUCCAUCCCCAAAAGCGAUGUCAACAGAGAGUUCUUUGCCGAAGAGCAUGAUCGAAAGACGAGAGCUGGAUUAGAUUAUGAGUCUUCGUUUGGGAAGAUUCGUCCUAAUGAUACUAUUCGUAUGCUUCAAAGAACGACGCCGUAUUACAAGAGGAACCGAGCGCAUAUUUGUAGUUUCUUCAUUAGGGGAGAGUGUACUAGAGGUGAAGAAUGUCCUUACCGUCACGAGAUGCCUGAGACAGGAGAGUUAUCCCAGCAGAACAUCAAAGACCGUUACUAUGGUGUGAACGAUCCAGUAGCGUUGAAGUUACUUGGGAAGGCUGGUGAGAUGGGCACAUUGGAAACUCCAGAUGAUCAAAGCAUCAAGACGCUUUACGUCGGCGGGCUAAACUCUCGAGUCCUCGAGCAGGACAUACGAGAUCAGUUCUACGCAUACGGAGAGAUCGAGCCCAUCAGAAUCUUGGCCGAGAAAGCGUGUGCUUUCGUCACGUACACGACCAGAGAAGGAGCGGAAAAAGCUGCUGAAGAGCUAAGUAACAAGCUAGUUGUCAACGGCCAGAGGCUUAAAAUCUCUUGGGGAAGACCUCAAGCUCCCAGAACCGAUCCUGAUGGCGGCGGCUCGCAGCAACAACCUCCACCGAUGCAGCAGUACUAUAUGCACCCGCCACCACCACAACCUCAUCAGGACAGACCCUUUUACCCAUCGAUGGACCCUCAGAGAAUGGGUGCAGUCACUUCGUCUCAAGACAGUGGUGAUAACAGAAUGCCUCCACAUGGGCAUUAUCAGCAGCACCAGCCGUACCCUCCACAGCCGUAUGGAGGGUAUAUGCAACAGCCUUACCAGCAGUAUCCUCCUUACCACCAUGGUCCACCACAAGCUCCUCAUCCUUAUCCGCAACAGCAACAACAACCGGGUCCUGGUUCAAGGCCUAACCCUCCUCCAAGUUCAGUCUCUGCUCCGCCACCUGACUCUGUGUCUGAUGGACCAUCAGGGUCCUCUUCUCUUCCAAUGUAACGACAAUUCCUGCUCAGCAAUGUGUUGCUGUUGAAUUUUAUGACGAAAGUAAUAGAAGAGAAUUGUUUCAGUUUCUGUUGACUGUGUAAUUAUUUUUUUGUAGCUCAACGUCUACAUUGACGUUGACCGAACCUAUCCACAAAAGGUUUUCAU